UUUAAUUUUCUGGUCAGGAUAACGAUAUCAUUUACCAGUUUCUUCUCUAUUUUAUAUAGAUGAUUGGUUUGCUUUUUCUCUUUUAUGUAAGCAAAUUUUAUAUUAAGGGUACAUGAAUAGGAGAGACUACUUCUCAUGGCCAAAUGGAGUUGAUUUUAUAUCAUUCCUUAUGUAAUACUCAAGAACACUUUUAUUCAUGACUGUCAAAGUGCUGCUUCUGUAGGACUAUCAGAAUAAGAUUUAGUUGGACUAUUCCAGCCAUCCCUUGAGUGAUGACUGAUCAUUCCUUUUGUAUGUUAUUUGGAAUUCUUGCAUGGCCUGGAAUCUCCUAUUAUCUCCCUUUGGGUUAGUUCACAGUCCUUAACUCCACAAGAGUGGACACUUAUUUUAUUCUUCAGUAGAUCUUGGAUUAAAUAUUUAUCUUGCAAACACAUGGCUAAAACAGAAGAGUCCUGUAGAUUUCAAUUAUCUGUGAGAUCCCUCCAUUAGCCCCUCAUUAGUGAAUGGUUGGGAAUUACUUUAUUUCAUACCAUGUUCCUAGAUAGGGUUUCCUUGAGAAUCAAUCUUCCUACCAUAUUAAGGAUCUGUGGAGAAAUGCUUGCUGUUUGGACUGUGAAUUCUUACCCCGGUGUUUUACUGAAGAAACCUUGAAUAAUUGGUGGCUGGAAUCGGGGAAAGAGUAGAGAGAAAAGGCUCUGUUUUCCAGUCCCAGCCAGUAAUGAUGCUAAGAGAGGCAGAAUGUCUUGAACUGGACAGGGUUACUCAGUUUAAGAAGAUAUUUUUUUCUAGGACUUUCCAUUGGGUCAUCAUGGAUAACUGCCCGGUUCAGAUUUGCUUAACAAGAUUAAAUUCCAUGGGCCAUUUUAAGAUCACGUAUUUCUUACACUCAUGUUAGAUUUCGGGUCUGACUUUGGCUUGGACACAUGUGGCAUGCUUAAAACUUUUCCCCCAAGUGGCUGCUUGCCAGCUUGUUUAGCUGAACCGACCUUGUCUGUUGACACAGCCUGAAGAGUGUCACACAUACGGAAUUUAUAUUAAGCAACCUAGUAGUCCUUGUAAUGUCGUUUCACAUUCAGAACAUUUUUUUAAAUUAAAGGAAAAAUGAAAUGUCUCCUUAAGUGGAAGAGAACGACUUCAAAUUGGGACUUUGGGAGUUGAGUAGAAAACAUCAAACUGGCCAUUGCAGACAAAUCGUUUCCAGUUGGUGAAUAAGAAUAGGCUGUGGACCUCAGAGCUUAAACAUAAAAGGCAGCAGGAAAACUUGUGUUUCUUUCAGUACUGAAGUAAAAAGGAAACAUUUAUCUUGCUGCAUCCAUCCUUACAGUAAUGAAAGUUGACUAGAAAAACCAGACAAGAGCUAUUUAAUUUGUUUAUUUGCAAACCUUCAGAUGUGGCAGAAUAAUCGGGAAAGCCAGAGUUCAUUAUGUCUUCCUCAUUCUGGGACAGCAGGGGCAUUUUCAGUUAUAUAUUUUAUCCCACAAACAGCAAAAGACAAAUCAGUUAGCACUUCUUCCUCACUGUCCAAAAUUAUGAGGCAUUGGCAACGGCACUAAUUGUUUUCUUUGUGUUUUGUUAGGACGGCUUUUGCAUCAUAUAAGGAUUGUGUCUAAGUUGGGUUUGCAGUGUACCCUGGCAAGGUUAACUUUCAGUAACAUUUUUGCUUUAUGAAUCUUUACCUCCUUUAAUCGUUGGGUGGAAUUUUGUUGGAGUGGUGCCAAAAAAAAAGUUUAUAUAGUAGGAUUAAAACAAACCAGAAAACAGAAACUCUUAGCAAUUCUUUCAUUAAUGACAUUAAUGAAUCAGUCUGGGACACUUAAUAAUUGUUUCUUGUAAACAUUUAAGUGACUAAUUCCAAGAAAUGAUCUUUGCUAUGCAGUGGAGUAUUCCCAGUUUUGAUGGUAGAGCCCUUCCCUCAAUUAACAUUUUUUCAUCUUUAGACCAUAAAGUGGAAAAUGAAGACUCUUGUCAGUGAGCUGGGCUGGCAGGAGCAGGGAGGGUUGAGAAGGAGUGUGUAAGUAGACCAUGGAAAGGGGACAGAGUGGGUGAGGACACACUCCCAGUGUGGGGACCUUACAGGCUUGUCCAGUGUGAGAGUGGCCACCUGUGUGGUGUGUGUUUAUCUGGCUGGGAGAGGAAGGAGCAUUCUAUUUCCAUGAAACUGCAGUAAUUGUAUACCCUCAUUUAAAAUAUGGAUAAUUCAGAUAUGGAAUGGACUGGAGUUCAACUUUAUGCUGGUUAUGGUGGAAAAAGGAUUUGCUAAGCAAAGUAUCGUUGUAAACAAUGUUUUAGAGGACUAUUUAAUUUUACAAAAGAGAACACACUCUCAAGCACUUACAGAACUGUCAUCCUCAAACCUUGUGCCAGUUAUGAUAGUCUCCAUAUGCCCAUUUAGGGAUUCAUUUAAGGUCCAGCAGACUUGCUCCUCAGGAAUACUUCACCAUCACUUGCUUUGUGUUACUAUAUGGAUUGAAAGUAAUGCAGCUGCCAUUAACAAAAUGUGUGUAUGCUCCAUCCAUCCAUCCACCCAUCCACCCAUCUACCUAUCCACCUAUCGACAUAUCUACCCAUACAUCCACCCACACACCCAUUCAUCCACCCAUCCAACUGUCCAUUCAUCCAUCCAUCCACAUACCCAUCCACCUGUCCAUCUACCCAUUCACCCAUCUACUCAUCCACUCAUCUGCCCAUCCAUCCACCCUUCCAUCUGUCUACCUACCUACCCAUCCAUCAUCCACCCAUCCAUUCAUCCAUCCAUCCAUCCAUCCAUCCAUCCAUCCAUCCAUCCAUCCAUCCAUCCACUCAUCUAUAUAUCUACCCAUCUAGCCACCCAUUCACCCCUCCACCCACCUAUAUACCCAUCCAUCUAUCUACCCAUCCACCCAUCCAUAUAUCUCCCCAUCCAUCCACCCAUUCACCCAUCCAUCCACCUAUCCACCCGUCCAUUCAUCCAUCCAUCUAUCCAUCCAUCUACCCAUCCACCCACCCAUCCACCCAUCCACAUAUCUACCCAUCCAUCUCCCCAUGCACCUAGCACCUACCCAUCCACCUAUCCACCCAUCCAUUCAUCCAUCCAUAUACCCAUCUACCCAUUCAUCCACCCAUCUACCUAUCCAUGCACCCAUUCACCCAUCCCCCAUCCAUCCACCCAUUUAUCAAUUCAUCCAUCUAUUCAUUAACCUAUCCACCCACCCAUCUACCCAUCUAUCCAGCCAUCCACCCACCCACCCACGCAGUCAUCCAUCUACCUAUUCACCCACCUGUUCAUCCACCCACCCACCUAUCUACCCAUCCAUCCAUCCAUCCAUCCAUCCAUCCAUCCAUCCAUCCAUGGAAUCUCUUUCAAAGCAGAUGAAUCUCUUUACCUGCUUAAAAAAACUGUUAAGGCUUUCCCUGUAAAUGUUCAAACUGUCAUGGUUUGGAAAUGUGAUCUUUAGGAGGAAAGCCCAAGAACAGCCAAUCGUUAUGGAGAGUCAGGGACUCUUCCUGAGGAGCCAGAAUCUCUGGAUUUAGGUUUGAUUCUCUCUCAGCCACUUGAUUUAGCUGUAUUUGGCAAGUCUCUUAACACUUUCAGGGGCUCAGUUUUCUAAUAUGUAAAAUGGAAAUAACUCUGCUCUUUUACUCCCAUCUCCUUCUAGCCCUCACUGUAGGUUGUGGAAUGAUGACUAAGGCUUGAAAGCCUUACUAAUAAACUAUCGAGUGCUCUUAGUAUUGUUGGAAUCAAAAAUAAGAAAAGAGGGCUUCUGGUUAAAGGCACAAAGGCAUUCUCCAGUAAUCCAAUGAAAGCAGCAAAGAAUGAAAAACAGAGAAGUAAAUUUCAUCAAUGAAACAAACAAAAAAAUGGCUACGACCCUGAACUACACAACAUGAAGCAUACUUUACACUGCAGUAUAGGCUUGAUUUUUGUUGGUCUGUCUGGCAAACAGGCCUUCUUGCAUUGUGUAAUAAAUGCUGCUCAGUCCAUAUUUGGAGAAGGGCUAGCCCUGUCUUCCCUGUGUCCCUCCCAGGGGUGGUUAUUUGGCCCAAGGCUGGCUAAUCAGAGUUUGCCAACCCCAGCUACAGCAGUUGAUUCAGAGAUGGGCACGUGAUCCAAGCCAGGCCAGUUGCAUUCCUCCAUGGGACUUUCACCAAGGCCUUUGGGGAAAGUGCUCUUUCUCCAGGUUCACAAACUAUAAAGAUGAUGUGGCCUUGGAGCUGACAGUGGCCUUUUCACAGCCUUAUGGAGAGAGAUUCUGAGAGGGAAGUGGUACAUAAACAAAAAGAGCAAGGAAUGAAGAUAAUGAUCAAGUUCAAGGAUGAUAUAUAAACCUCUAGAUCCAGCUGUGCCUGAAGGCACCACAUCAACAUUGUAGAAUACUGUUUUGUGAGCCAAUGUGUUCCUUUUUCUUUCUCCUUCCUUCCUUUCUUUUUCUUUUCUUCUCUCCUUCCUUCCUUCUUUCCCUCCUUC